CAGAGCAGCUUUUGUUAGCAGAGAUCCAGCCAGCAGGUCCCGUACUCACCGCCACCUACCUGUUGAAUAUUCACGCCGUUUAUGUAGCAAGCGAGCGCUUGAGCCACUGUCGAGGAACAAAUCUAGUCUGUGGGACAGGUGAGGAGAGGAAAAGUGGGUCGCGGAAGGAAGGAAAAAAGAAGGAAGGAAGGAAGGAAGGACAGCUCAGGAGGAAAGGAGGAAGUAACACGACCGUUGGGAUUGGAACUCAACAGGUUAGCUACUUCAAUGAUAUAGCAACGGACUUUUUUUUUAAACUUCCGACGUCGAAAAAACUAACUAAAACAACAACAAAAAUGCCGUUGGGACCGUGGAGGAAGAAAAACAAGUCGACGAAGGAGCACUUAGUGGAAAACGAGGAGGUGAGCGGUGGACACGCAGGUGCCGGGAGCUUGGCUAAAUCCGCCGUGAACGGAGCGGGGCUGCCGCCUCCACCUGCCAACCUGCGGCCCAAGCUGGUCUUCCAUACGCAGCUGGCGCACGGAAGUCCCACCGGCCGCAUCGAGGGAUUCACCAACGUCAAGGAGCUGUACGGCAAAAUAGCAGAAGCGUUUAAUAUAAGCCCACCUGAGAUCCUGUUCUGCACCCUCAACACUCACAAGAUUGACAUGGACAAGCUGCUGGGGGGCCAGAUCGGCCUCGAGGAUUUUAUCUUCGCCCACAUUAAAGGGAUCAAGAAGGAGGUGGAGAUUCAUAAAACUGAAGAUGCUCUGGGCCUCACCAUCACGGACAACGGAGCAGGAUACGCUUUCAUAAAGCGUAUCAAAGAGGGCAGUGUCGUGGACCGGGUGAAGGUGAUCUCUGUGGGCGACCACGUAGAGUGCAUUAACGGACGUAACAUCGUCGGGACGCGGCAUUAUGAGGUCGCCCGGAUGCUUAAAGAGCUGCCCAAAGACAAGUCCUUCACCCUAAAACUGUCGGAGCCAAUGAAGGCCUUUGAGAUGCUUGAGCCCAGGUCAAAGGGCGCCAAACCUGCCAGUGAGAACAAGAUCGGCACAGGAAGGGGGACUCUGAGACUUCGAUCCAAGGGCCCAGCAACUGUAGAGGAGGAGCCAACAGAAUUUGAGGAGAAAGCGGUAAAGAAAGUGGACGACCUCCUGGAGAGCUACAUGGGCAUCAGAGACACUGAACUUGCUGCGACGAUGGUUGAGGUCGGCCGUGACAAGAAGAACCCGGAUGAAUUUGCCAUGGCGUUGGACGAGACCCUCGGAGACUUCGCCUUCCCCGAUGAGUUUGUCUUCGAUGUCUGGGGAGCCAUCGGAGACGCCAAGCAGGGAAGAUUUUAAGUUUUCAUCCUGCAGCCCCUCCUCUUAAUACACACACACACACACACACACACACACCCUCUUUCCCCAACACACCUCUUAAUAUCCUCAGAAGCAAACUGGACAACCAGCACAAACGGGGGGCAGAUGAAGUGUUCUUACCAUCACAUUUUCUUAGGUGUAGCUUUGCACUCAGAUGGAGUGACUUAAAGCAUCAGCCAAGUCGUUUUACAUUAAGGAUUUUCACAUGCGUUAUCCUGUAAGGAUAUCCAUGAAGUGUGGAUUCCAGCCUGCCUCCUAUAAGCUGAAGAGUUGGCGAUUGAUUCCAGAUGUUGUAUAAGCAUUUUACUGACACACGAUCACUCCAGCUGCAUCUUAAAAGCUCCUGAUGUUGUUCUUCUUGUAAGGAACAGCAAACAUAGUCAGCAGUGGUCUAUUACACUGGUCAUGUGCACACUUUAAAUUUUUAAAAGAAUCACUCAGUUUUAAUCUCACUUUACAGCUGUGACAUUUUGAAUAUAAAGAUGUAUCACACAGCUUUUUAUAGACUUUUUUUAUAUGUGAAGAUGUUGCUGAUUUUAUAGCAGCAGCAUUGUGUAAUUAGUGUAAUUAUAGUGACAAUAUUUCUCUCUCAAGCAACUUAUUUUUUUCUUAAUCCCCCCCCCCAUAAUUUCUUAGUCUUACAAAUGACCUCACAGUGAAGAAAUGUCGGAGUUUCGGCCACGUUCACUUUGCUGUUUACUUUGUGAUUUUCUUACAACUCUUGUCUGUGUCCUUACACACUUUAUCUCAAGCCCUUCGUCCCUGUGUCAAGAGACUGAGCAAUACAGAGAACUUUUAAUGCCUUUAGCCAAGUUUGACGACACAUUCCUUCAACAUUCCUUAUGUUUCUCACGUCGUUUUAGUCUGUUAGCAGCGUUAACUUUGUUAUGAAAUGAGGCUUAUUUAGAGAUGCACGCUUAUUUUUUCCCUGUAAUUUAUUUUAUCAUGAAAAAUCAUAUGCUGCAAGACAUUUUUACACUGAGACAUAGUAUGUAUGAAAGAAAGUUUUUUUCCUAAAUAAGCCAUUUUGAAGGCUGUGUCUGGAAUGGGAUCAACUGCAAUCCAAUGUCUUAAAUAAAUGCACUCGCAUUGAUGUAACUGCACUAUUUAAAUCACUGUCAAACUGAAUUUAAAUAGUGACUUGAUUAAUGUCAUCUACUGAUGUCAACUGUUGGCAGCAGUUGCAUAUUGUUUGACAAAACCAUAAGGGAUCACUAUUGUUGGAUAGACAAUAAAAUUUGAUAUACUGUUA